ACGUGCGCACUUCCAAGCUUUACGUCUCGCUGCCCGAACGAUAUUUUCCCAUUCCGCUGCCUGAAGACCGCGUCGGCUUCCGAUUCGAGCUCUGAAGUUCGAUUCCACAUUUUUGGCGUCUGAAAUUGGGACAUGAGUCAAGAAUUCGACUACUCUGAAGACCCUUAUACAUAUGACGACACGAAUUAUGAUGUGGGCGAGGAAGAGGAAGAUGACGACUACAAGGAGAUAACGCAGGAAGAUUGUUGGACCGUCAUAUCAAGUUUUUUCGAACAAAAAGGUCUCGUACGGCAGCAACUCGACUCGUUCGAUGAGUUUGUGCAAAAUACCAUGCAGGAAUUGGUCGACGAGAAUGCAGACAUCAUUCUUGACCAGUCGGACCAGCACACCGGCCGCGAUGGUGACAUGACGCGACGUUAUGAAAUCAAGUUCGGCCAAAUUUAUCUCUCUCGCCCCACAGUCACAGAAAGUGAUGGUACUGUGGUGCCUGUGUUCCCGCAAGAGGCUAGGUUGCGCAAUCUGACGUAUUCAGCGCCGCUGUAUAUCGACAUGACGAAGAAAGUCAUGGUUGGACGUGAGGAUCCAGACGCUGCGCCUGGAGAGACGCAGUGGGAGUCGGAGAGCGUCAACACUGACACCGCAAAAGUCUGGAUCGGCAAGGUGCCCAUCAUGUUACGGUCGACGUUUUGUAUUCUCCGUGGGCUUCAAGACCAGGAUCUUUAUGAUUUGAAUGAAUGCCCGUACGAUUCUGGAGGAUACUUUAUCAUUAACGGAUCCGAAAAAGUGUUGAUCGCCCAGGAACGUAUGGCUACAAACCACGUCUACGUUUUUGCCAAAGCACAACCGGCGCCUAUUAAUUUUCUCGCUGAAAUUCGCAGUUUGGUGGAGAAGGGAGGAAAGACUAUCAGUCAGUUCCAAGUGAAGAUGUUCCAUAGACACCAAGAGCGUUCGCUCGGAAAUGUGAUGAAGGCUACGAUUCCGUACAUCAAAGUCGACAUUCCAAUAUGGGUGGUCUUCCGAGCUCUUGGUGUCAUAUCGGAUCGUGAUAUCCUAGAACAUAUCUGCUAUGACAUGCAAGACGCACAGAUGCUUGAAAUGCUCAAACCCUGCAUUGACGAUGGGUUCGUCAUUCAGGACCGUGAAGUGGCAUUGGACUUCAUUGGAAACCGUGGAACUACCACCGGUCUUUCUCGUGAACGUCGAAUACGGUACGCGCAGGAGAUUUUGCAGAAGGAGAUGUUGCCGCACGUGUCGAUGUCGGAGGGUUCAGAAUCCAAAAAGGCAUACUUCUUUGGAUACAUGAUUCAUCGACUCCUCCUUGCUGCCUUGGAGCGCCGAGAGCUCGAUGAUCGUGAUCACUUCGGAAAGAAACGGUUGGACCUAGCUGGUCCGCUACUUGCAAAUCUUUUCCGUAUGCUAUUCCGAAAAUUCAAUCGGGACGUGUACCGGUAUCUCCAGAAGUGUGUGGAAACACACAAGGAGUUCAAUGUCAGUAUAGGCAUUAAACACCAGACCAUCACGAAUGGCCUCAAGUACUCUCUUGCCACCGGCAACUGGGGCGACCAGAAGAAGUCAAUGUCAUCUAAGGCUGGUGUGUCGCAGGUGCUCAAUCGUUAUACUUAUGCGUCGACGCUUUCACAUCUUCGUCGGUGUAACACGCCCCUCGGACGUGAAGGGAAAAUUGCUAAGCCUCGACAACUCCAUAAUACACAUUGGGGAAUGGUUUGCCCUGCCGAAACACCAGAAGGCCAAGCUUGUGGUCUAGUCAAAAACUUGGCGCUGAUGUCGUGCAUUUCCGUCGGAUCGUACUCUGCGCCUGUUAUCGAGUUUUUGGAAGAAUGGGGUCUAGAAACUCUUGAAGAGAAUGCUCAUUCGGCAACGCCUUGCACAAAAGUGUUUGUCAACGGUGUCUGGAUGGGAGUUCAUCGCGAUCCAGCAAACUUGGUCAAGACGAUUAAGAAACUGCGGAGAAAAGAUGAUAUCAGUCCUGAAGUAUCUGUGGUGCGGGAUAUCCGAGAGAAGGAGCUACGAUUGUACACGGAUGCGGGGCGAGUUUGUCGACCGUUGUUUAUCGUCGAGAACCAGCAGCUGGUUUUGCAAAAGAAGCAUAUCAAAUGGCUUGUUCGUGGAACUAAUGACGACGGCGAGGAAUAUAAAUGGGAGCAGCUGAUAAAGGGUGGCGUUAUCGAGUUGUUGGAUGCGGAGGAGGAAGAGACUGUCAUGAUAUCAAUGACGCCGGAGGACCUCGAGAAUUCUAGGCUACAACAGAGCGGAGUCGACAUCCAUGCGAACGAUGGUGACUUCGAUCCUGCUGCUCGUUUGAAGGCUGGUAUUAACUCCCACACAUGGACGCAUUGUGAAAUCCAUCCUAGCAUGAUUCUAGGUAUUUGUGCUAGUAUCAUUCCAUUCCCAGAUCAUAAUCAGUCUCCUCGUAACACCUACCAAUCCGCUAUGGGCAAGCAAGCGAUGGGCAUAUAUCUUACCAACUUCCUCAUUCGCAUGGAUACCAUGGCCAACAUUUUAUACUACCCCCAAAAACCUCUCGCCACUACUCGAUCCAUGGAAUAUCUCAAAUUUCGGGAGCUACCAGCUGGACAAAAUGCCAUCGUAGCUAUUCUGUGCUACAGCGGAUACAAUCAGGAAGAUUCCGUCAUCAUGAACCAGAGCUCUAUUGACCGAGGAUUAUUCCGGAGUAUCUACUAUCGAAGCUAUAUGGACGUGGAAAAGACCAACGGCAUACAAUCACUAGAGUAUUUCGAGAAGCCCAUGCGAGAGAGCACACUUCGGAUGAAGCACGGCACGUACGACAAGUUGGAAGACGAUGGUCUCAUUGCCCCAGGUACCGGUGUGGUUGGAGAGGAUAUCAUUAUGGGGAAGACUGCACCUAUUCCUCCAGAUAGUGAGGAGCUUGGUCAGCGUACCCGAAUGCAUACGCGACGAGACGUAUCAACGCCGCUGAAGAGCACAGAACGUGGCAUCGUCGAUCAAGUGUUGGUCACUACGAAUUACGAGGGUCACAAGUUCGUCAAAGUUCGAGUUCGGUCCACCCGUAUCCCUCAAAUUGGAGACAAGUUCGCUUCAAGGCAUGGUCAGAAAGGUACUAUUGGCAUCACCUAUCGACAAGAAGACAUGCCCUUCACUUGCGAGGGCAUUGUGCCGGAUAUCAUCAUCAAUCCUCAUGCCAUUCCGUCCCGUAUGACAAUCGGGCAUUUGGUCGAAUGUCUGCUUUCCAAAGUGGCAACGCUUAUUGGAAAUGAAGGAGAUGCCACUCCUUUCACAGACCUUACUGUCGAGUCGGUUUCGACCUUCUUGAGGCAGAAAGGUUAUCAGUCUCGGGGGCUCGAGGUGAUGUACCACGGGCAUACGGGACGUAAACUGCAGGCGCAAGUUUAUCUUGGACCGACAUACUAUCAACGUUUGAAACACAUGGUGGAUGACAAGAUUCACUCUCGUGCUCGAGGGCCGGUGCAAAUCCUUACAAGACAACCUGUGGAGGGUAGAAGUCGAGACGGUGGUCUGCGUUUCGGAGAGAUGGAACGUGAUUGUAUGAUCUCUCAUGGUAUUGCCGGUUUCUUGAAAGAGCGACUGUUUGAGGCUAGCGAUGCCUAUCGAUUACACGUUUGUGACAUGUAAGCCAACCUGUGACAUGGCCUGCAUAGCUGCUGAUCUUUUAUUUUUUGUAAAAAAUAGAUGCGGCUUAACAGCCAUCGCUAACCUGAAAAAGCAAAAUUUCGAAGUAAGCGUUCUUUUAUCUUUUCUGGUCUCUAUUAACCGUCCUCUAGUGCCGAGCGUGCAAAAACAAAACUGCUUGUUCGCAGCUUUAUAUUCCCUACGCUGCAAAGUUACUCU